CAUCAUCAUCUGGCGAUUUCUUCCUUCCAGACGAGCCUCGAAAACUACCGAAAAGACAUGAAGGAGAAGCUGCGAGACAAGGAUAAGGAGGUUGAGGAGAAGGAAAUCGACAUUGCUUCUUUGAAGGACGCUCUUGCGAAGAAGGAAGAUGAAAUAAGCGCAGUUAAGACGAGCCACGAAGAAGACCAAAAAGACCUGCAAGAGAAGCUGCGAGAAAAGGAUGAGAAGGUCAAAGAGACGCAGAAUGAAAAUGCUGCUUUGAAGGAUGCUGUUGCAAAGAAAGAUGGGGAUUUAGAAAGAUUGAAGACGAGCCUCGAAAACUACCAAAAAGAUUUGAAGGAGAAGCUGCGAGACAAGGAUAAGGAGGUUGAGGAGAAGGAAAUCGACAUUGCUUCUUUGAAGGACGCUCUUGCGAAGAAGGAAGAUGAAAUAAGCGCAGUUAAGACGAGCCACGAAGAAGACCAAAAAGACCUGCAAGAGAAGCUGCGAGAAAAGGAUGAGAAGGUCAAAGAGACGCAGAAUGAAAAUGCUGCUUUGAAGGAUGCUGUUGCAAAGAAAGAUGGGGAUUUAGAAAGAUUGAAGACGAGCCUCGAAAACUACCAAAAAGACUUGAAGGAGAAGCUGCGAGACAAGGAUAAGGAGGUUGAGGAGAAGGAAAUCGACAUUGCUUCUUUGAAGGACGCUCUUGCGAAGAAGGAAGAUGAAAUAAGCGCAUUUAAGACGAGCCACGAAGAAGACCAAAAAGACCUGCAAGAGAAGCUGCGAGAAAAGGAUGAGAAGGUCAAAGAGACCGCAGAAUGA